CUUGGUUACGUAGUUACAAAAGCAAAGCACAUACCGGAGUCGCUCACUCUCAACCUCCGUCAUCACCGCCACAAACGACGGACCUCACCAAUUCAUUUUCACCGGCGCAACCUUCCGAAUGGCUAUGCAACCAUUCGAUCCUUAUUACCUUUACCAGCCAGAUGAACGAAGCAACAUAAACACGCUCUUCGUUUCCGGUUUACCAGACGACGUGAAAGCGCGUGAGAUUCACAACCUCUUCCGCCGUCGUCCUGGUUUCGAUUCUUGCCAACUCAAGUAUACCGGCCGCGCCAAUCAGGUUGUUGCAUUUGCUACGUUUUUCAAUCAUCAGGCAGCAAUGGCAGCGUUGCACGCCCUAAAUGGCGUGAAAUUUGAUCCUCAAUCUGGGUCUGUUUUACAUAUUGAACUUGCCAGGUCAAACUCUAGGAGGAAGCGAAAACCAGGUGGUGGAGCCUACGUGGUUAUAGAUAAAAGGUCAAAGGGGGAAGCCAAUGUUCAGGGAUCGUCAAGUGAUGAUGGUGAAAGUGAGCCUGAUGAACUAUCAGAAAAUGGCAGCGACCAUGGCGAUAUAGCAACCACACAAAGUGGUGAUGCUGUUGUUGGUUCUGACAAUCGUGUACCUGUGGCAAGGGAGAAACAUGGAAAAGGUGGUGGUGAUGGAGGACCAUGUUCCACUCUUUUUAUUGCAAAUCUUGGGCCCAAUUGCACUGAGGAUGAAUUAAAGCAAGCUUUUUCUGGGUAUGCUGGAUUCAACAUGGUCAAGAUGCGUUCUAGAGGAGGAAUGCCUGUAGCAUUUGCUGAUUUUGAGGAAAUUGAUCAAGCUGUUAAGGUCAUGGAGGAGCUUCAGGGAAGCUCACUCUCAUCAUCAGAUCGGGGUGGCAUGCAUAUAGAAUAUGCAAGGUCUAGAAUGAGGAAGAAGCGGUAGAAGAAAUUUGCGCUAGACCAUUUCUGGAUAUUCAGGUUCAAUAUAACAGGAAACUUUGUGUUCCUUCUGGAAUAGUUGCAAUAUAGAGAAAAGUUGGUAAGAUGUCCCAUUAGCAAUUUACAAAAUGAGCACCGUUACGUCUGAACUUGGAAUUAAUUGAGUUGAGUUUUUCUUACCAUUUGAGAGGAAAGGUUGCAAAACUUGACCCCUAUAUACAGUUGCAAAACUACUUUUAAUAUUUUAUUGCAGAUGCUAACUAAAUGAAAAACAAAGUUUUCAUCA